AACAAAGUCUGGGAUUUCGAUUCUAUCAAGCAAUUGACCGAACAACCAUCUACCGACCGCGUCUUGAUUGACGUCCGCGAACCCACCGAAUUCGAAGCCGGCUACAUCCCCACCGCCAUCAACAUCCCCGUCGGUUCCGCUCCAGACGCCCUUUUCAUGCCCGCCCACGAAUUUGAAGAUAAAUUUGGUUUCGAAAAGCCCACCGCAGAUCAAGAGCUUGUGUUUUAUUGUAAAGCUGGUGUUAGGAGUAGUGCGGCGGCUGAGCUGGCAAGGCAGGUUGGCUAUAAGAACGUGGGUGAGUAUAGGGGGAGUUGGUUGGAGUGGAGUAAGAAGGGUGGGAGG